ACCUCUGAACUUUUCCCAAGAGACCCAUAUAUAUUGGAAACCCUAGUUUUCGUCUAGGGAUUUGCCACUUCGUCAGGGAAAAUUUUGAGUCGGAAGCGGAAGGUCAGAAGAAGCCAUGGUGAAGUAUUCUAAAGAGCCUGAUAACCCUACCAAGUCCUGCAAAUCCAGGGGGUCUGAUCUCAGAGUUCACUUUAAGAAUACUAGGGAGACAGCGUUCGCAAUUAGAAAGCUGCCUUUGAUCAAGGCUAAAAGGUAUUUGGAGGAUGUUUUGGCACACAAGCAAGCUAUCCCAUUCCGUCGCUUCUGUAGAGGAGUAGGGCGAACUGCACAGGCUAAAAAUCGCCACUCAAAUGGACAAGGACGUUGGCCAGUUAAAUCUGCCAAGUUUAUUCUUGACCUACUCAAAAAUGCUGAGAGCAAUGCUGAGGUGAAAGGUUUGGAUGUUGAUUCACUUUACAUUUCUCACAUCCAAGUGAACCAAGCUCAAAAGCAAAGGCGUCGUACAUACCGUGCCCAUGGAAGAAUUAAUCCUUACAUGUCAUCCCCAUGCCAUAUCGAGUUGACUUUGUCAGAGAAAGAAGAGCCUGUCAAGAAAGAGCCUGAAAGUCAGUUGGCUUCUAGGAAACCAGAGAAGAGUCGAGCUUAGAGAGCUCUAUGAGGUGGUGCCGCUGCUUCUUCAACAGCUGAAGGUGUAGGCUAGUAGAAAUCCAAGGCGACUUUGAGUACUCAGAAAUUUUAUUUUUAUUUUCCGCCAAACCUAAAGCUUUUUUUUGUGGCAAUUUUUAUAUUUUUCUUUCUUCUAGAGCUCAUGCUUAAAGCCUUUUUGGACUAUUUUCAAUGUUAGUUUGUUUUGAUGAGUUGGAAAUUCAUGCUGGAUACUAGAGCCUUAAAUCUAUCUUCUGUACUCUAUUAAAGUUUGUUCUAAAACUCUAUAUCGUUGCAUUUAAA